CCGCCGCUCCUCCCUGGGCUCGGCAGCCCCAUCCCGCUCGGAGGCAGCCCCUUGUUGAGCACAAGCCCCCUCUCCUACAGCCGGGCUGCCGCUCGCCGCCGGACGAUGAGAACGAGGCGCGGCGAUGGCUGGAGCCCUCCCCUUCCGCCCAACGGGCCGCCUCCCGCUGCGGGGCGGGGUGGGAGCGGAAACCGCUCGCGUUCGGCCGCGGGGCAGCAGCUGUGGGGUUUCGGCUCCGUUCCAUCCCGUCUCGUCCCGUCCCUCUGCCGGGUCCUGGCGAUGGAGGCCGCGCACCGUGCGGCGCGGUUGGCCGCCUCCUGCCUCCGCACUCCGCUGGAUCCGCGCACCCGUGCGCCCGCCGCGCUGUACGAGCGGGGGCCGCCGCCCGCCGCGCCCCAGAUGGUCCCGCAUCAGCGAUCUCUUAAUGAGCUUGUUCGAUGAGCAGAUUGAAGCAUCGGCGAUGCCCAAGGCCAAGGAAGAGGCUUGGAUAGGUUUCUACAGGCGAGAGCUGAAACGGGCGGUUUAUAGACCAUGGCAGAAGCAGCAGAUACAGAAAGAGGAUGGUUCUGAUUUGGAUUCAAAUACUGACAGAGAGCAGACCCUCUCUCUAAAUGGGAGCUCUGACAAGUGGAUGGACCUUUCCAAAAUGUGCAGUUCAAAUCAAGAAUAUUACUUGAAGUUAGAGGAGUUGAAGAAUGCCCACUUGGAGACCAUAGCAAAAUUAGAAAGUAUGUAUCAGAAUAAAGUGUAUUUCAAAGGAGUACAACGUUUGGACAAGAAAAACACUGCUCCUAACAUGUGUUGUAGGCCAACGUGGGAAAAGAGUUCAUAUCAGCCUCUCAAUUUCCACAGAUCCUUUUCUGACUCUGACUUAAGUGAUCCCUUAGACUCAAGUAUAUCUGAUGGGACUGACAGGGAAUUAGAAGGAAAUGGUAGUGAAACUGGAUCAUCUUCAUUUGCUAAGCAACAAAUUGAAAAAAUGUGGGAUGGGUUCUCAGUGAAAGACUACAUCUUCCGCAUCAAACACAGCUUACCAAGCUCACCAGUCUUCAGAGUGACACGGAAGAAACAGAAAGCAUGGUCACCAAAAGUUACUGUGCCCAAGCCUUUCCAGAUGACUAUCAGAGAAGCUAGGAAAAAAGAAAAAAACGUCAAAUCAAAGUCACAAAUGGAGAUGGAAAAUAGCUUAUUGAAGAAACAACUAGAGGAAGAAGCAGAGUGUCAGAAAAAAUUCCGAGCUAAUCCAGUGCCUGCUGCUGUUUUCCUUCCACUCUACCAUGAAAUCGUGCAACGAAAUGAGGAACGUAGGAGGUCUGUGAAAGAGAGAAGCAAACUUAAGCUCUUGGCUUCUCAGAAACCGUUUAAAUUCAUUGAACGAGAGAAGCAAAGAAGUGAAAUUAGGAAAAUGCAAUUAAGAGACCUUUCCAUACCUGAAAAGAAAACAAGACUGUUCAAAGCAAAGCCAGUUCCUAAAUAUGUUUAUAGUUCAGCUGUUAAUGACAAGCUAAAGGAGGAAGAGCUCUACAGAGAAAUCAGGAUCAGAAUGAGAGCUGAGGAGUUGCUACGUAAUUCAUCUCUACCUAACAGCAGACUGGCUUUAAAAGAUAAUCUAAAGAAGAAGCACAAAUGCAUUGAACUAAAGGGAACAGAACAUAAACCCAAGAUCAAAUCAAAUGUUCCAGAUUUUGAUCUGCUACACCAGAAAUUUCAGGAACGGCUCCUCCAACAAAAACAAGUGAAACACCUUACAGUCUGUGAACCUUUCCAUCUUCUUACUCCAUAUAUUCCCUCAAACAAGGGGAAGAUUUUGAAAGACAUUGAAGACGAUGAACGGAAGUUGAAGGAAACACGCUGGCCAUAUGCCUCUCCAAGACUUAAUCCUCAAAUGAGACAUUCAAGUGCAAAUUCACAUCUUUCAGGAUUUGGAGCAUCUAAAUCACCUAAAAUCACAGAAUCCACAAGACGACGGCUGCAAGCCAUAAGGAAUUAUGAGAAGCAGAGAAUGCAAGAAUACUUGCAAGAGUUGCAAGAAAUGGAAGAAAGAGUAAAUCAAAGGCCAUUGCUUCUGGAAAGGGUCACUCAGAAAAAUGCCAGAAUAGCUGCAGAAAAGCAUUAUUCUGAUAGACUGAGAGCACUGGGAAUAUGCCCAGAGUUUAUUUCAAAGAAAGGACAAACAACUAAAUUGCUACAAGGCUCCAAUGCUGAAGAUUUUAGGAACACCACUGAUGCCAGAGAAAGAGUCAUGAAGGAUAUAAUGAAAGAUAUUGAGUCCUUUGAGGAAGCAGCUGACAGUAUUCUUCAGUCUGAGCAGUCCUGUGAGGAGAGGAAGCAGGAGGAGGAAGGAGAGAAGAAAAAAGAUGUAAAAAUCUCCAUGCAGGAUGGCCAGUCCAGUGAGCUGGAAGAUGAGGAAGAGGCAAGAGUCACCCCUCAGCCUUGCCAUGCAGGGGAAUUUGGGUCCAGCCCCUCCUCUGGCCAGCACCAUGAAGGGGAAGAGGAGGAGGAAGCAGAAGCAAAGACAGGCUUGCCACUUGGCCAUUCCCAGGAGGAGAAGGAGGGUGAUAAUCAGUCAAGACCCAGUUCUCGGUCUGACCGGUUCUACGAGUAUGAAGAAGAGGGUCAGUCUGACCCUGAAGAUGAAGAUGCCUUCAGAUAUGAAGAUGAGGAAUAUGAAAAUUAUGAUUCAGAAGAGAAAUCCAAUUAUGAUGAUGAUGAUGAAGCUAACUGAAAAGCAGACGUGAGGCCUGGGGGCUCAGGAACCUUUUUCAUUGCUGGCAGUGAAAACGAUACCAAAGAAAAACCUGGCACUUUGCUACUGAUAGAAAAUGCAGUGAAUUUAAACCUCUUGGUUCAACAGUCUUUGCAGGACAGAAAUUUUGGCUGUUUUCCAGUAAGAAAGAUCCAGUUACUAAUUUCCACCAAGAAAAUAAUUCACUUUCAUAUUAAUCUUUAUUCUAGUCUUUUGUGACAUUAGUGCACCCCUGUUCAUAAAAUGAACUGCAACCACUCUUUAAUAAUAAUGUCUUCCAUGCUGUGUUGGUAAGUACUGAGGUCUUAACACAUCCAGCUCUUUCUAUGUGCUGGCAAAGCCAGAUGAGAUUUUGAUAAGUAACUUGCCAUUAUGAGGCCCUCUCAGUCUCAAAUAUUUCACUAUUUGCAGGGUCUGUUCCUGCAAUACCCUCUAUGAUGGUAAUGAACAGACCAGACAGUGUUUUUAGCAGAGCAGCAGCUUAGGAAGACAAUUGUUAUGCAGUUAUACCAUGCAGCCAAAUUAAUCUUUUCAGUUCCUCCCUCCUCUCAGGGUUCGUCUUCUGCCCAUUUAAGUGAGCUGAACCAGCCCAGGGAUAGGGCAGAUGAGUGCCAUGGCUAGAAAAGAUAACUGCUUUUGGAGGAAGCAAGCCAUUAUAUCAACUCAGCUACUUUGUCCAGGUAAAAUAUUAAGGGUGCUGCAGUCACUGAAGGCUCUCCCUCUAGGGGUAAAAUGCCUAGAACACACUGAGAGGAGCCUCUCAGUCUUCCACAGAGGUUUUGAACUCUUACAGACAAGGCAGAAGAGUAAGUCAGCAGAACAAUGUUAUGCCACAGAUCUUGUAUUACUCUCUAACCAAGCCCCAAGGCUGUUCUUUCAACUCCAUUUUGUUCUGAAGAACUCUUCCCAUGUAACGUAAUUGUUCCUAACAUAAUAACAGGUGCUGACAUUAAUCUUCACGUUUCUUUAUUGAGACAAGAAAAAUACACUGUGUAAAGCAAUAGUAUUAUUAUGUCUGAUAAAAAUGUAGCCCAAUAGUUCUAACUACAUGGAAGUAUGGAAAGAAGUGCUUUAGGACCUCUUCUUACACACUUGGGUACUUAGGACUACAGCUACUACACAACAAAGAAUGAAAAUUUAAUGUUUGUUUUUUCUUUUCUUUAGAUUAGUAGCAGGUUCUUCUAUGUUCUUCUAUUACUAACUUUAUUCCUAAGAUGCUAUAUGCAGUAUUAGGAAAGAAUGCAUUCAUCUAUUAACAGACCACAAACAAGGACUGCAAAUGAGCUUUGUUGGUACAGAGUACACUGUGACAUUGUUCAAAGCAAGAUCAUUGAAUAAUAAAUGCAUUUGUUAAAACUACCAGGUUUGCUAAAGCAUCUGCAAUGAUUAACAAAAAGGAUAUUUUUAAAUUAUAUUUUUCCAUGCUGCAUGCAAGAGCACUAGCUAAAUAUGUUAUUAUUUCUUCCUCUUCAC